UCUGUUUCCCCCCGAUUUUGUCCAUUGUAUUCUCGGAUACAGCAGAGUAGUAUUUCAACUCAGGAUACCUGGUUUGUUCCCUCUGAACUUAGCUCCUUCUAUCUAUUGUUAUUCUGUUGUCUUUGCUUGUUCUUGAAGUUGGAAGCUCUCUCCUAAUGGCUCCUGCUGCUGUAUCCUUGUUUCUUUUUCUGGUUCUCACUUCUCUUGAAAAUCUUCACUCUGCUGGUGAAGAAGAGUGGUGGGAUAAAAAGUGCCCGCCCUUUAAAUGCGGUAAUUUUACUGCACCUGGGUUCCCUUUCACUGAUAAGGGACGCCCAGAGUGUGGGUUGUUUCUAAUUGAUGGGUGCAAUGAAACAGUUCAGAAGAUCCAACUGGAGAAGGGAGUAGGAAGAUGGUAUCCAGUUGAAGGAAUAUCCCAACUAGGGAACAUCAUUACCAUUCAUGACGAUGUGCUUUUACUAUCCCCUGAUUGUGAAUUCUCUGCCAAUUUGCCUCUUUCCAACCUUAAUUUUACCUCUUUCCAUGUUCUUUCCAGAGUUGAUAUUCUCAGUUGUAGCAGAGGCCCUCCAAAAGAUGCCAUCCCAAAAAACUUCACUCUCAGUCCUAGAAGCUGCAACAACCGCAGUGUAUACUAUAGGAUCCAUAAUAGAUUAGAUCCGGAUACCAAAUUAAAUGUAGCUUCGAGUUGUUCUCUUAUAAUUGAUUCCCCAAUUAAAAACCUUUCACACUCCAAUGACCUCUUUACACCAUUGACUGCCAACUUAUCUUUCAGUGUUGAAUUCCAUCCUGAUCUUCUUUGUGUUGAAUGUAGAGAAGUUGGCGAAUGCCCAAGUGUUUGUACCAGAAACGGAAAAGUCGAGCAGAAAGAGGAGGAGGAGCGAUUGGAAGAGACACUAUUUGACUGUGAGGAUGAGCCAUUGAAGCACCUGCUGAAGCUCCCUGAUUCUUCAAUAUAUAUAUAUAUACCUUAAAAGCAUCAAAGCAAGUCAUUUAGUUGCAUAUGCUUACAAGAAGAAACAAUAUAUAUAAACGAAAAUCAUAUAUGACUUGUUAAUUCCAAACCAGAAAACCUGGACAUAUUCGAUGGACUCAUUUCUAGCAAUCUGUUCAAUCCUGGUCUUGUAUGCAAGAAUGACAUCCCCAACUGCUUCUGUUUAUUACUACUCUUGCCUAGGUAGUAAUUAAGACAAUAAAUCAGACUGUUAUUG